UUGAAUGUGUUUGUCUGUUUGAGCUUAUUCACCAGGGUUUAGUCAAAAUUUAACCUUAAUUUUUGGCUUCAGUGAAAAAACUCGGUAUGUCUUCAAUUGUGACAAGUAUUCUCAGUUCAACACUUGGUUUAUUAUGGAAUAAGGUCAGAGACUCGGCGGCAGACAAACUCAAAGACGGCGAUGUAACCGAUGCAGAAAUUCGUAAGAUUGUCGUACGAGAGUUAAAUGACAUCAAGUCUAAAAUCGAUGGGCUUUCCCGAUCAACUUUACUCGCCAGUUAUAAUUUCCUAGAAGAAGGAGUAGAGUUACUCAGUGUUUCUCUUGAUAAAUCAAAUCCCGAGCAGAAAGCGAGCGAAACACAGGACGAACCACGUGAACAUUCGAGCGUUAUUCAGUCUGGUAUCUUAAACCAAGCAAUAGAGCUUCCUCUCGCCAUGGAAAAGCUUAAAAUCAACUCCGACAGAGAGUUUGAAACUGCGAGGGAAAGAUUCAAAGAUGCUCGCAAAACAGCAACCACUACUUUCUGGAAUGAGGCAUUUAGUAUCGAAGAUCGAAUUUUUGCCGCGAAGCUACGAAUAGUUUCAGAAAUACUGGAACAUCUCGAUAGUCCUGAGACCGCAAUCACUGGAUUUGACAAAUUGAGACGAGAGAUCAUCGAAGAAGGGAAAGUUAAAGUCGAAAAAGCUUUAGAUAUGUACUCAAGUCUUCUGGCGUCGACGAUCGAGGAUAUGAAACAAGAAAUUAAAGCGGAAUUUAGCCAAGAGAUUAGCAAAGGCAUUGAUGAUAAACUUUCUUGCAUACAACUAGUGCCUCAACACCUCAAGUAA